AUGGGCAUGCACAUAGGUUUGCCAACAAACGCCUCACUCCUCCCCUCCGCCGCCGCCGCCGCCACCGUCGCCGCCGCCGCCAAUACCACCAGCACCCUCACCAUCGCCAACACCGCCACCAACUGCACCAUCGCACCGCAGUAUGCCAAGCAUUCCUUAGGGCUGCGCAUUCCUAAUAUCGCCUUUCGUCUACUCAUCUGGCCUCUCUGCUAA